AAGAGGCAGACAGAAAGAGUGUUUAUUUUUUGGUAGAAAGAGAGUUUAUUUGAGUUCAAGAGAUGAAGAACUUCCCAGUGAUCAGCUUGGAGAAGCUCAAUGGUGAGGGGAGGAAAGAUACCAUGGAGAAAAUUAAGGAUGCUUGUGAGAACUGGGGAUUCUUUGAGCUGGUGAAUCAUGGCUUACCCCAUGACCUGAUGGACACUGUGGAGAGUUUGACCAAAGAGCACUACAAGAAAUGCAUGGAACAGAGGUUCAAGGAAUUAGUGGCAAGCAAAGGCCUAGAGGCUGUCCAAACUGAGGUCAAAGAUAUGGACUGGGAGAGCACCUUCCACCUGCGUCACCUUCCUGAAUCAAACAUUUCGGAGAUCCCUGAUCUCAGUGAUGAGUACAGGGAGGUGAUGAAGGAAUUUGCUUUGAGGUUAGAGAAACUAGCAGAGGAGCUGUUAGACUUGUUAUGUGAGAAUCUUGGACUUGAAAAAGGAUACCUCAAGAAGGUCUUCUAUGGAUCAAGAGGACCAACUUUUGGCACCAAGGUUGCCAACUACCCUCCAUGCCCUAAGCCAGACAUGGUUAAGGGUCUUCGUGCCCACACAGAUGCUGGUGGGAUUAUCCUUCUCUUCCAGGAUGACAAGGUCAGUGGCCUACAGCUUCUCAAAGAUGGACAGUGGGUGGAUGUGCCCCCAAUGCGCCAUUCCAUUGUUGUCAACCUCGGUGACCAGCUUGAGGUAAUCACCAAUGGUAAGUACAAGAGUGUGGAGCACCGAGUGAUAGCACAAACUGAUGGGACCAGGAUGUCCAUAGCCUCAUUCUACAACCCUGGCAGUGAUGCUGUUAUCUACCCUGCUCCAGAAUUAUUGGAGAGAGAGACAGGGGAGAAAAGCCAAGUGUACCCAAAAUUUGUGUUUGAAGACUACAUGAAUCUCUAUGCUAGGUUGAAGUUCCAGGACAAGGAACCAAGAUUUGAAGCCCUGAAAGAAUCAAAUGUCAAACCCGGUCCAAUUGCAACUGUUUAAAUAUGUUUUACUAUAAAUACCAUGAUGUUUUCCUUGGGAUUAGUGAACAAAGACAAAAAAAAAAAAAAAAAAAAAGCCUCAUAGGCAGAUGCAUAUUAGCAUAUGUUUCUCGAAUGACUGUACCACAGAAAAAAAAAAAAAAAAAAGUGUUUCU